AUGACGGGCAGCAGAGGUUUAUGGCGGCAGUGGCAGCAUACCUGGGAGGAUGUGAACAGUCCUCCCGUGGACCCUGGAGGAUCCCAGUGGAAUCCCGUUCACUCUCGCAAGAGUGGCAGCUGGACUUGCCAACCGCCUUUCACCAAGAGAAGUGAAGGGCAGAACCUCGUGAAAAGGAGACGUGGGAUUCAGGAGGUGUGAGUGAUUGACGGAGCCACAGCUCAAUAGGCGUGUGGUAGUUCCCCUCAGCUUUCCCACCCCUCUCCAACCAUGGGUGGGGGUGGAACAAUGGGAGGAAAAGGAGAUGGAAGCAGGAAAAUGGAAGCGGCGUUGGCAGCAGCGGCUUUAGCGGCGUUUUCAGGGAGCGGCGGAUCGCGGCGGGGCGCGACGUCUACCUCCUCCUUCCCCGCGCUGUUGCUGCUUGCGGUGCUUUCGUAUCUGCUCCAGGUUUCAGCUGUGGAGGUAUACACACCAACAGAGCUUGCCGUGGAGAAUGGGACUGAGGCAAAGCUUCCAUGCACUUUUACAUCCACAGAAGUGAUCAGCAGCUCAGCUUCUGUAAGCUGGACCUUCCAAGGCGAGGGAUCGUCAUCUCCUGUCUCGUUCUUCUAUUAUUCCAAUGGAAGGGCAUAUCCUGGGAAGAAUACACAAUUUAAUGACAGAAGCAGCUGGGCUGGAGACCUUAACAAGAAAGAUGCAUCAAUCAAUAUAGCAAACAUGCGAUUUCAAGACAAUGGCACUUAUACCUGUGAUGUUAAAAACCCUCCAGAUAUAGUUGUUAUACCAAGAAAAAUCAAAGUCAGGGUUGUGGAGAAAGGUAACUUGUCUGUAUUUCCUCUUACCCUUGUGUUAGGGGUAACCAGUGUUGGCAUUCUAGUUUUAGUUUUGCUCAUCAUACUUAUUGUGUGUGUUGUGAACAGAAAGAAGAAUUCGAAAAAGCAUUAUUCUGGCUGCAGUACCUCUGAGAGCUUGGUGUCUCCAGUUAAGCAGGCGCCACGGAAGUCCCCCUCCGACACAGAGGGUUUGGUAAACAGCGUGCCCAUCCGAUCACAUCAGGGACCAGUAAUUUAUGCACAGUUAGAUCACUCUGGAGGGCAUUACAGUGACAAAAUCAACAAAUCAGAGUCUGUGGUCUAUGCUGACAUUCGGAAGAACUGAAGAGAUUUCAACCUAUCCAAAGCCUAACAAAAAUUCAACUGGAAUCGCUUGAAGAAAAUUGAUCCAGAGGACUCACAUGUGGCCUUUGAUGCCUAGGCUAAGACCAAUGCAUGUGCAUACAGAGAGAAAGAGAUUAUAUAUGUACUGUGUGUAAAUAGUCUAUUUAAUCAUACAGAAAUGAGAGCAACGUUGCAUGUUAAAAUAUGAUGAUAAUACUGCUUAUAAAUGGCCAAUCGUUCAUUAUAUAUUUAGGAUAAGGGGAAAAGCAAACAUUCAUGCUACACCUUUAGGUAAUUUGUCUUAAUUGUUAGGUGAAAAAACUGGAAAUUUUUGGAUAUUCUAAUGGAAUUGGUACUUUUUUAAUAGCCUCUGUUACUUUUGAAAUGAACCACGAGGAGAACUGUUUCUGCAUAAUCCCUCUUCCUUAACUGAUGUUUUUGCAUCUUUUUACCAGAUCUAAUUUUUCAUACAACUUCUCCUAUCUUCUUCCACUCUAAAGUCCUCCUUUUCCAGGAGAAGUAACCUUCACCUGCUUUAGUUUCCAACCUACUGGAAGCCAAAGUUCUAUCUUCAAGGAAUUUACAGGCAGUCUUCCACAAAACAAACUUUUAGAUGUAUAAAAGUUUUAAUGGAGUAAUUUUUAUAGUGCAACAUUUACAAAAAUCUUGAGAUGUUUUUAUGGCUCUUUUUUGGUUUCAGCAACAAGGAAACUCAGUUACCUCUUUGAGAAAAAUAGGGUGCUAAUCUUGAUGUGCCUUUCUGUAAAUUUUCACAGUGGUCUGUUUCUAAAAGUUACAAAAGGCUGUUUGAUGUUGCAGUUGCAAAAAGAAAUGGCUACAGCUUAAAAUACUCUUACUUAGAUGGCAUUUCAUGGAAGGCAUAAAAUAUGAUAGGACAGUUUUAGUGCCACUAGUUCUUAAAUCUCAUACCGGUUUAGUUUGAAACUGAAACAGCUGUAUGCUUCUCUACUGUGGGCAGAACUCUAUACCACUGCUUUUCAUCUUUAUGAUGUCAUCCAUACCAACUCUGAAUCUGCUUUCUCUCCCUCUCCCUCAGUGUUUCAGGUAGACUGGUGCUAUUACUGCUUUUUUCUGAAGUACCUUACAUGUCUACAUUAUCUGCUCAUAUGUUUGCUCAGAGCUUUUUACAUCUAAAAUAUGUUUAAGGUUCUAAAAAAAUGGAGUGGCUUUUUCAUUGAUACAAGGGCUGGCAAAUGCUAAACUGAUAGUCUCUGCAGCGCACAAGGAGUGUUUUCUGUCUGAAGUGCAGUUGGGUCUCCAUAUUUGUGGAGGUUAUGUGUGAACACUUCCUGCAAGACAUGAAAUUCUCUGAACAUUUGUACUCUUGCCCAAAUAGCCCCAGACCUAAACACUUAUGCAACCAUUUACACUUAACCCAAAGACAUUUAAAUGUGUUUUAAAUGUUUUAAUCAUGUUUUACAAUAAUGACUAACAUUUUAGAACCAUAUUUCUGGAAAUACUGUAUCAAAAUUACAUUACAUACUGUACUGUAAUUAAGAACAAGGCAUGCACCAGGAUAUUCACCACAGAAUUCAGUACUCCUCCAUUGUAGGAGUCUCAGAGAGUGGAGAAGAAGCAGGGUUGGUUGACAUUGAGAUUUCCAAUUUGGGGGGAUGAGGAGUUUUAGGUGUUAAUGCAGAAAUUGUCUUUUCAGGAACAUUGUGAUGGGAAGCUUUGCUUCUUUUGUUUGAACUCAUUGAACAUGGCUGUGUAUGGUGCUAAAGUAUUCCUUCAACUUCAUUGCACAAACCAGUUGUCGUCAUAUUCAUAGAAGUCCACAAGUCAUUUGGCAUCAGCUGUUGUGCUAGGUUUUCCAAGUUGAGCUGCUUCUCUUGGCAUGGUUCUUCCUGAACCUCAUCCUCAUGUUUAUCAUGGUAGUGUUAUUGCCUGCCUGUCAAUUAAAUCUUUAUGUGCUCAUCCUCUUAAGUCCUCAAAAUCUGCAUCAACUCCUUUAUUUCUGCAAUGAUUUUCCUGUGUUGAUUAUCUGGAAGGGUUCCUAGUUCAUCUGGACUUAAGUCAUGCACAAACUUGGGCCACAAGUUCUUCUAACAGGUAUUUACAGAUUUGUUCUUGAUGUUCUCCAGGGCCUUAUUUUUUUAAAGUUACCAUCUGUAGCUCUGUAUUGUGAGGAAUGCCUAAGCUAAAUAGAAGACUCAGACUAUAAGCAAAGUUAAGUUCUGGCUUUUAUUCAGAAUAGAGUGCACACCAGUAGAAAGCUGAGAGUGAGAGAAGUACGCUAAAAGUUGAAUUAAAUAGCCUCGCGCCAAAUAGCGCUCCACCCCCACAUUCCCCGGGUGUGCCCCACGAGUUCCACGGGGUGACCGGCCAUCCAUGCUUUGCUAGGUGAGAGGUCGUCCAUCCCCAAUCGCCUCGGGCAUUGCUCGUUUUUCUUUCUGCAGCGUAAUGGCUCGUUACCGGGCAAUUAGGCUUCGGAAUUCCUCGAAAGCGUCCGGACGCGCCCUUCCGAUCCCUUCCGAUCUUCGCCCUGAUCUUCUCCUUGCUAAUGGUGUUAAUUGCUGAUUACCGGGCAAUGAGGGCUUGUAGAUCUCCUAGACCCAUUACUGUCUUUGUCCUGUUUUAUCGCCCAUCCCUCUCCAGUCAUUAGCAAGCCUCCGUGCCUUGUCAUGCGAGCCGUUGCGAUGUCGCCAACAUCGCACCAGCGAUCAUGACAUAUACACAACAAAGUCUUUCCUUUCUCUACAUAGUAUGUUCUGGUAGAAGCAGAAAUAUUCAAUCAUCAAAGUAUGAGUCUGAAGCUGAAGUCUUGUUAAUAGGUAACAUAGUCAUGUAUCUGUCAGAAACACUUUAAAAUUAUGUUUCUAUUUGUGUCUGAUAACAGGAAGUUGCACUUCUCUUACUGAAUUGAUUCCAAACUGUUACAGAAACCUCUCAACUUACGUAUGAGCACUUUUUCUGUGGUGCUUUACUUUUCUAUACAGUUAAGACAAAUGCCCUUUCCUAUAGUGCUGUACUUUUCUGUAAAAGACAAAUGACUUCCAGUUGUGAAAGUUAAUUUCCCAAAACUUAGCUUUCUAAGAUUUCCCUUCACUAUGUAAAUUCAUGCCAUGCAGCACUGAGCCCUUUUUUACCUUGUUUCUGCACUUUUAAAAAACUGGAAUAAUUAUUUUUAUUGUACAAGUCUUUCUUCUCCACAUUUUCAUAAGCAGCUUUAUAUUGUACUAUUGUGAAUAUUUUAAUACACCUUUUCCAUUA